GAGAAACUAAAAAAAGCAAUCCGGCCGAUCACAGCGAUGCUGGUUUUACUCCUCUUUUCGUCGGUUUUCAUCGCGGAAACGGCACAAAUCCACAAGGACCGGGAUGCGGCGGUGGGCGGAUUCAAUCAAACGGGCAGCACCUUCAACCCGCUCUCGGCGCUGGUCAAGUGUUCCUUCCUGCCGCUGGAAUUCAUGGAGUGCGACGAUGUGCUCAAUCUCAAAGGAAACCGCACGGCCCGGGACGAGCAGGGUUACGGGUGCGUUCGCUUGGGCGGAGUCUACUACGACGAGGUGGAGAUCACGAAGGUGAAAUGCACGGUGUACGAGAGUAUCGAGUGUUACGGACCGCGUGAGUUCAUGCGAGAUGGAUUCCCGUGCAUCAAACAAACGGAUCACUACUUCGUCACGACGCUCCUGUACAGCAUACUGCUCGGAUUUCUCGGGAUGGACCGGUUCUGUCUCGGCCAGACGGGAACAGCCGUCGGAAAGCUGCUCACGCUCGGCGGAAUCGGUAUCUGGUGGAUCGUCGAUAUCGUGUUGCUGAUAACCAACAAUCUGCUACCGGAGGAUGGCAGCAACUGGAACACGAAAGUGUAACAACCGAGAGGAAGAAAUUGAUGGUUGGAACAGCGAAUUUAUAGAAAAAGGUGCUUCUUCUUAUAUUCUGUUGUUAAAAAUAAGAGAAGAUUGCCGUAAACGCUUAUUAGCUAAUUUGCUCGCCCGUUUGGCUACUAUCCUAUCCUUUGUACAGUUUGCGUUUGAAGGUGGUUUUGUAAAUAGUUUCUCGAUCUUUGAUCAUGCCCUGCCUAAAGAUAAGAAACCUUAACAUAAUAGAGAACGAAAAUGUAAAAAUAAGAUGCUUUGCAGCAAAAGUAAACUGGGUAUUGCGAAGACUACACACCGGUUGCCUUGUGCGGGUGGGGAACACAAAAUCGAUAUUCGAUAUUUUUUUUUCCUAAACUAAGAAAUUGAUCGAUACAACGUUGUUCGACGCUCAAUUGUUUCUAAAACGAAAAACAAAAAUCCAUUUAUCCUAAAAGCUA